AUGGGGCCAGACUCGUGCAUCGCAAGCUGGACCACCAGCAUCCAUGAUGACAAGUGCACCAUAACCGUGCCAUCUCUUGGAGCCGUCUUUUACCUCGAAUGGGCACCUUCAAGUCUGGAGACGGCACCAAUGCUCCUCGCAGACUAUCACCGUUUGCUCAAGAUAUCGAAGGAUGACGAGAACGGAGACAAGAACGAAGACGAGGAUCACUUCGAGUCGCAGCAUUUGGCAGCUGAGAAGUUUGGCAGAACCCUUUGAAGAAAUCCUUUCGGCUCUAGCCCCGAAGCCGCCAAGCCCACCGCUUACACUGCAUCAUUGGUUCAACACCGAGUGGUUCAGGCUUGUUGCGACUGUUGGCGAGGGCAACAAGAUCGCACCAAGAAGGGAAUACAAAAACCCCUAUACUCGUCCAGGACUGUUGUAGUGGGGCUUGGAAAACCUCGAGCUGGACAAAUGGAUGCCGGAUUGGUAUUCAUCUCACGAUGUCCUGAGCAUCACAUCAA